UGCACCUCCCUUGGUUGUGUACGUACACUAUCUGGUCGGUUGAGAGUGCUAUACAUCAUACAGACCUUCUAUAGGCGGAUGAGCAGUUCUACCUCCGUAAAGCCUCUCGGGUGAUUAUAUAGGCAACACAGUCUACAUAGAGAGGAUUUUUUCGAUGAGGAAAACAUCGUCUGUCAAAACGUCACAUGGGGUCAACGCGAUCGCUUCCUGCAUCGCGCCUCAGCUACAGUUUUGCGCGUUUCGGUUUUUAGGUUUAUAUCGAUAAGAUUCCCGUUCCUCGCGCGCCGCCGAUGUCACAUAUUUUAUUGCGAUGAUAAGCAAAGUUAAAAAUGCCAUGUCCUCGCUGGUGAGCGGAAUUAUCCCACACGGCCACCACCAUCAUCAGCAACAGCACGGAUCCGCGCAGAACGGCGGAACAGACGGGCUUCCACUGCGAUUCCCGUACAGCCGACCCGAGUUCCUGGACCUGACACCUGAGCUGCUGCAGUAUUCCACCGAACACGCGUCCAGACCGGUCAUCACGCUCAAGAGAGACAGCAGGCUGCCAUGGCGAACGGGAUAUGCGGAGGUGAUAAAUGCUGGAAAGAGCAUGCUGAAUGAAGACCAGGCGUCCUGUGAGCUGCUGUAUGUGAGGAAGAUCAGCAGUAAACAGCAACGCUGCUCCAUGUUACUGGAGGACACCGGAGACACUAUAGGUAUUCCCAUGCACUUUUGGGGUGUUUUUGAUGGACAUGCUGGCUCCGGCGCUGCUCUCAUGGCAUCCAAACUCCUCCAACGUAUCAUCCGUGAUCGGCUUUGUGAUGUCGCCCAUCUUCUUGAGAACCAGAACAGCCCACCGCCCAUUUGUCUGGCCAAGAACGGGAGCCCCUUCCAGGCUGAGGCCAAAAAAGGGGCCUGUCUGGAUGGAGAGGAGCAGGAUGGGCUCCUGGAUGAGCCACGGUUCCACAUGGAGAAAGACAUUAGUGUGGAGAGCCUGGUGAUGGGGAUCAUAGAGACGGCAUUCAGACAGAUGGAUGACCUCAUAGAGAGAGAGAAAGAGUCUUACAGCAUCUCUGGUGGCUGUUGUGCCUUGGUUGCAAUACACAUGUUGGGAAAACUCUAUGUUGCAAAUGCUGGAGACAGCAGAGCGAUAAUUGUCCGUAGCAAUGAGGUCAUCCCCAUGUCCAGUGAGUUCACACCUGAAAGUGAAAGACAGAGGUUACAGCAUCUGGGCUUCCUCAAACCAGAGCUGCUCGGGAAUGAGUUUACACAUAUUGAGUUCCCCAGACGUAUCCAACACAAGGAACUUGGCAAGAAGAUGCUCUUCAGAGACCACACAAUGACUGGCUGGGCAUAUAAGACAAUUGUAGAGGAUGAUCUAAAAUUCCCACUGAUUUAUGGGGAGGGAAAAAAGGCCCGGGUCAUGGCAACUAUUGGUGUAACACGUGGUUUGGGCGAUCAUGACCUGAAAGUGUACAACUCAAACAUUUACAUCAAACCAUUCCUAUCCUGCUGCCCAGAGGUAAAGGUGUACAACAUCUCUGAGCUCAAACACGGACCUGAUGAUGUCCUGAUCAUGGGUAGUGAUGGACUAUGGGAUGUCACAACUGAUAGAGAAGUUGCAGAUGCAGUAACAACUUUCCUAUCUGGCCGAGAACUCAACGACCCCAUGAGGUACACUCUUGCGGCACAAGAUCUCCUAAUGCAUUCACGUGGAGUACUGAAGGAGCGAGGAUGGCGAUUGCCAAAUGAAAGACUUGGCUCAGGUGAUGACAUCACAGUGUUUGUUAUUCCACUGGCUGGAGCGGAGUUAGAGACAUGACAAUGUGGGUUCACCUUCACUGGAAUAGCACACCAGGACACGGCCCUGGCUUCAUCUGCAAGAAAGGGCUAGGAAUCCAAGAAAUCAUUUAUACCAGAUCACAUGGCUUGGAUGUGAGUGACCCAAUACCCCUUUAUCCGAGUUGUACUCUUCACUAUGAAUUUCGCCAAGCCCAUAUUAGGUGUGGGAUGACAUCAUCAAGUGCCAUUCCUCCCCCUGCUCUCUCCCUCUUUUCGACUAUAUACUCAGCAAGUCAUUACGGGACACGAGGGCUUGUAAUCUAGGAGUAUUCUUUAAAAUUAUAGUAUGUGCAAAUAGGGAAGUUCUGUCAUCAUUUACUCACACUAACGUUGUUCCAAACCUGGAUAUUUCUUCCUUGGAACACAAAAGCAGAUGUUAGGCAGAAUGUGAGCCUCAGUCACCAUUCACUGUCAUUCUCCUUUUGUGUUCCAUGUAAGACAAAAUGUCAUGCAGGUUUGAAACAUCAUGAGGGUGGGUAAAUGAUGACUAUUUAUUUUGGCUGAACAGCCCCUUUAUCAUCAGUGGGACAUUUGAAAUCUGAAUCUCAGUGUGGCAAAAAAAUAAGCCAAUACUGCUAAAAACCCUGAUGGCAAGUGAAAUAAAUAACAAAAGCACUUUAUAUGUAGCAGAAACCAUUUGAGCUGUAAUUUAAACUGCUGAUUAUUUCUGUCUCCAAAGAAUGUUUCUGUUGACUGUACUGUUGACUGAAUUUAAGGUUUUCUAUAGCAAAAUGCAAUCAACAAAAAGAAGGGGCAUUUCUUGUGAAUACAGGCUCUGUUUAGCUUUUGUUUAACUGUUUAACUUGCCUCAUUUGCAAUGUAAAUGUCUAUAUAAUGAAACAGAUAAUUAGAUUUAAAGUCAACAUGAAAUCAAAAUGGACCCCAUUUACUUUCUAAAAACGAGUAGUUGACCCUAAAUGAAAAAUGUCAUCAUUUGAAGAAUCCACUGCUCGCUCCUUUCCGUGUAUUUGCAAAGAACGGGGACUGGAGCUUUCAAACAAUCUUAAAAAGUGGUUGUGAUAAGGAGGAGGGCGUGGCCAGGCCAUGAACAGCCGGCGCUGAAUCAGCUGAUCAGCGGGGGUGCGAGAUAAAGGGGAGCCAGAGACGCCAGUUCGAGAGAGAAAGAAGUACAAGGACGCGUUGCAUAUAUAGCUGUGUUUGUUUACGUUUGUUUUAAGUUGAGUUUCUCAUUAAAGCUUUAUGUUUACUGUUCAGCCAGUUCCCGCCUGGACAGUGGUCCAUAUGACUUGUGAGCAAUAUUAAGUCUUUUGAAGUCAUAUGAAAGCUUUGUGUAAGAAACAGACUGGAAAUGACUUCAUUUAUUCACUGAAAAUCUUGAUCUAGCUAUCUCAGCUCAUGUUCAUGAGAGUUCAUGUGAGAAGCAGGGAUGUCCGAUUCGUUCUUUUGAGCAAGAUCUUUUCGAUUCAUUCGCGAAUAUAGUGCUCUGGUAAUAUGGACAGCUAUAAUGGUGCUUUUGCAUCCUUUUUUGAAGCUUCAACGCUCCAGCCUCUAUGAAUUGUAAUAGAAAUGCAUGGAAAGAGCAACCAGUACAUUCUUAAAACAUUCUCCUUUUGUGUUGCUGGGAAGAAAGAAAAUCAUACCUGUUUGGAACAACAAGAAGGUGGGUAAAGUGUGACAAAGUUGUAAUUUUUGGGUGAACUUUUCCAUUCCUGGUCUUAUUUUUCAUGAUUCGUUAGUGCACUAAUCACUAAGAAAAUGUCACAUUACGAAAGUAAAAUGGGUCGUGAAUGCCAUUUCAUGUUUAUUUUAAGCACUGUAGAAAUAUAAAACUUAUUUUUAUGUAGCUGAACCAAGAUAAUUUUCCCUAUACCUCUAAAAGCCAUGUGCAAUUUAUAAAUGACUAAAAAAAAGACAGCGUUAUCUGGGUUGGAUUGGGAUAAGACAUUGAUGGGUACCAGGCUUUCUAUACCCAACUGAACGGAUUGCUUGCACUGCUGUAGAUAUUUUUAGCUGCUGAAUGACCAAUUUUUUGCUGUAGAUAAAACAUUAUUUGGUCUAAAAAUUUAGAUCCAGACCUGAAACUGAGAUACCCAAACUUUAGUUUCAUCAGUCAUUUUAGUCUUUUUGUACACCUUGAAUGUACCUUAUUUCCUUUAUUUGAUGUCAGUGUUGUGUCUGUGUAGUGUAUAAUUUAUGAAUAUUGUGUUCUGCCUUUCAAAUGAUGAUUCAAUGUCAAAGGAUUGCUCUUUGCAAAAUAUUAUGUGACUAAUUCUAAA